AUGCCCGAAAUUGGAAAGCAGAGUCAAGCGGAAGAUAGUGUUGGUGCGCGGUCGCUUGCAUCGCUACGAAGCAGCAAUGGGAGUGCUGUUUUCAAGGAUCAUCGAUCAUCCAUAAGUGCCCAGCCGGCUGAGUUAGAUAAUAGAUGUCUUCUCAAGCGAGCUCAUUUCCGACGAGAAAACGAAGAGCAUCCAAAUGAAGGGUUCAUAGUGUGGGGCAUGUUUGUGUCGACCGAAAAAAGAAAAAACGGAUUCAAUCAAACGGUAUGCAUAAUUCAUGGCUGGUAA